AUGAGAAUAAUCGAGGAUGGGUGCGAAUUAGUGGUCGAUAGUAUCCUGCAUAUCCUCCACUCAGAGGCUUUCGAACAAAGUUCCGUCGAAACUCAGAAAAACCAGAACCAGCAGCAGCAACAAUACACACAAAUACAUCAACGUACAUCAGCACAAAAAGAGUCAUUUACAAUCAACAAUAAAAGCGAAUUGUCGUCGCAAUUAGUGUCAGAAAAUAAUUUUGAGCAGCAGCCGAGUAUGGGUAAACACGAAAUAAAGAGAGGCAUCAGUCAUCGCUCGUCAGAUGCCGUGGAACUUCUGGGAAGUCCCAAAAAACUCCAAAGUUCGGUUUCAUAUACAAACAAGCACACUUGA